GGGAGGGGAGGGGAGGGGAGGGCAGGGCAGGGCAGGGUCCCAGGGGUUGGGGAAGGACUGGGCGGGCAGUGGAGCUGAGGAUCCCUCCAGUUCACUCCUCCCUUGAGAUGCUCCGUGACGAGAGAGGAGCAGCAAAGAAGGAAGAAGUGCAGCGGAAGCUCAAUCGGCCGACCGACUGACGACGACGACACGCAGGAGCCGGGGCAGGAGGACGAGGAGAAGCAGCGAGGGAGAGAGUUGGGGGCAUUGAUUCAAAACAUAUGUCGUCCGAUCGACGAUUCCUGUACUCUCGCCUCCCUUCGAUGUUCACUGCGUUUUGAAGAGCGCUCCCUCGCUGCAUUUGGUGGAUUGAAUGCACGUCACUGUGAGGCGCAAUUGACCGCGAGCUGUUUCAUUCUUUGCUCCUGUUGAAGUUGGCGGGGAUUGCUCGUUCAUGUCGAUCCAGGCUCGUCUCUUGGCUUACCGAGUUGUGUAGGCCGUGGAGGCGUGCUGCAGUGAUGGUGGUUUGUUGGCAAUUGACGGAGGAUGAGUGAAUUAUUUUGAGGGAAGGGACUUCCUCUCGAGAGCAGGAAUUCCAAUGCAGACUAUAUUCAGAUCGGAAAGUGAGGUGCACUUUGUGAUCGACUUUAAACCCUAGAACACAACUCCAGCCAGUCCUCAUUGUCGGAAUUUGAAAAUCCAAAACGGGGAGGUGUUUUUUUUAUCAACACCCAGCCUGUGUAUAUUUUCUUUUCUAAUAUAUGUCCGGUCUUCCACAAGACCUCGUAGCGCGGUGUGCUUCUUUCGAUUUCAGAUCUUGUACACUUCAAAUGCAAGGUACAAGUCGAAGACAACAUAGUACAUAUUCCUCCCUACACGCACUAUUGUUUACCUCAGGUUGGAAGUGAUUGAGGUUCAUGCUCGCUGUAGAAGACUCUGCACAUGAAUGGGCUGUGGACCGAGGAUUUUCUCGCCAGCAACUAGUGGAGCUGUGGUAGUCAUCAUUUCCUGGGCUCGAUUGGAAUCUGUGAAUUUAGGUUCAAAUUGGACGAGCUGGACAACCCAGAGGAUAAACUCGAAAAGUAUCGUCUCUAUGGCAGCAAUAUGAAACUGACUGGCGCCAAGUAGGGGAAAGAUGGAAGGAGCAGGAUUUGCGCUGGCGCAGUCCCUGCGCCAGCAGAUGGCCCCUGUUGUGAUGGUUCUUCCUACUCCGAAGGUGGAAGCAUCAUGCCAGAGAAAUUCACUUAGCUUCGUGGAUUUACUCACACCAUUCUGCAGUCUCGCCAAUGUAAAUGUCCCAGUACGCACCGCAAGUGAGCAGCCUUACCGGUUGCAGGAAUUCUAUGUCAGGAUGUUUUAUGCCUCAGAGAUUUGCCAAACACAGACAGAGACUGCCGAAUUAUGUUUGCUGGAAGUGGUAAACGACACCAACGACCAUUUAGCUGGCGAACAGGAAGGAGAUGCUCAAAAGAGUGACUUUAUGAAAAUGCGGGCAAUGGCAGAUGCCCGAACUCCAUCCUUUCAGAAGUACAGCAAAGAGUUCAUGCGGACUCUGGCCUUUUCUGAACACGAAGCCGUGGACCAUCCUGUUGCAUGUAUACAGGCCGUUUCUUCUAGUGAUGAACACCCUAUCAGCAAAUUUGUAGAGCUCUACAAUACGGAACACCUGCCGGCCCUUAUAAAUGAGGGGGUCAUGGAUCCAAAGCUAUUGAAGUUAUACGUUUUAGUACAUGAUCUUCAAGAAGGUUCCGUGGAUCGGGCUAAUGAAAUUCUACUCGAGAUGAGGAGCACUUUUGGAGUCAACAACUGCAGAAUUUUGUGCAUCAAUUCAGGUUCACCAGAAUCCAAUGAGGAAUCACCUAAUUCGAGCGAAGAUAUGUGGUCAUCUCAUUCAUUACGUCCAAUGACACCUAUAAAUACCCAAGAGACAGACAAGUUGGAUAGAGACCAAUCAAGACGAAGGCGAGGAUGCUACAUCACCAAGGCUGACAUGGAGGAGUUGACAGAUUUUGUGUUGGAUAUUUCGGUCAAGCACAUCAUUCCAACUAUGGAGCUGAAAAUUCGUACACUUUAUCAACAGGUGGCAGCCACAAGAAAAGGUUUGAAAAAUCAGAUUAAAAAUUUGUGGUGGCGAAAGGGAAAAGAUGAAAUCCCUGACGUGUCGAAUGGACCUUUGUACACAUACAGCUCAAUGGAAUCACAGAUAAGAGUUCUGGCAGAUUAUGCUUUCGUGCUACGUGAUUAUGAGCUUGCUUUAUCAAACUAUCGCUUACUUUCAAGUGACUAUAAGAUUGAUAAAGCGUGGAAGCGGUAUGCUGGAGUUCAGGAAAUGAUAGGACUCUCGCUGUUCAUGCUUGAUCAAUCCAGAAGAGAGUCUGAACUUUGUAUGGAAACAGCCAUCAACUAUUACCAGAAGAGUGGAACGUCUAGUGCGAAGUAUGCGACGAGGUCUGCCUUAUGGCUGGCUGAGAUGCAUAAAGCUAAGGGGCAAUAUCGAGAAGCGGCUAUUGUUCUCUUCAGAUCAUCUACGGAGGAAGAGAGCCUUCGAGCAGCGCUGUUACUGGAGCAAGCUGCCUACUGCUACUUGCGCACUGCACCUCCUAUGUUACGCAAGUAUGGUUUCCAUCUUGUGCUCGCUGGCAAUCAAUACACCAAUUGUGGCCAGAGGAAACUAGCAAUGCUCGUUUACAGGACUGCUCUCAGUAUAUUCCGCGACCAGGGUUGGAACUACAUUAGCGAUCACGUACAUUUUCACUUGGGGAGGUUAUGUACUCUUCUUGAAAACAACGCUAUUGCAGCUCAAUUUUUCAAGAAAGUGAUCGCUUGCAGUCAUCAAUCGCCGACAAAUCAAGCCAAAUACUUAGCGGAGUUUCUUACCGUUAUUGAAAAGUCACACCUCAAGGGAGCUGUCUUGGAGUUGGAUCUACCUUCCGUUGAUUUGGAGCAUGUCCACGUGCACUUUGAAGAUCAGCGUACAUAUGCAUCUUCCGCAGCGGCGAGUGUGCCAGAAGAGGUUUGGUCAUCCGUAGAAGAAGGUCUUGUUCCUGCAGCUGAUAAAGCUGUGAACUGGUUAGAUGCCAAGACGGCAAUUGCGAAGAUAGCAAAGGACUACAACAUCUGCGUCGCAGGAGAGGAGAUCGGUGUGGAUGUGGAGUUUAGAAAUCCUCUUCAAGUAACUCUAGAUAUAUCUGGAGUAUCGCUUGUCUGCAACUUCACCGCCGAGAGCACUAUAGAAGAAUCUGGACUGGAAUAUGCUGAAGGAAGUAAGCUCGAUCUCUCAAGCUCAGUUGAUCAUCUCUCACUUCAGGAUGGACAGCCAGGAACCAAUUCGGAGCAACAUGACCUCGCUUUGAGUGAGGAGGCGUUCACUCUAAAAGCAGGAGAGAAGCUAGUUGUCCGCCUUAAAGUCAAGCCCCCCCGCGCAGGUAUAUUAAAAGUGAUGGGAGUGAAUUGGAUUUUGUCCAAGAUUGCCCAUGGACGACGAGAUUUUGCUGUUCUUGGAAGGAAGAACAAGAUGUCGAGAAAUAAUAAGAGAGACGAACCGCUUCCUCAUCAACGCCUGAAGUUUCGUGUUUUAGGACACAUGCCCAGGCUCGAAGUGUCGUUGCAUGAAAUGCCUGGAAGAGUAAACACUGGUGAGGUGCGACGUCUUGUUUUGGAACUUUCAAAUCCAUCAACUGCCACCUUGAAGACGAUCAAGUUCAAGACAAAUCAUCCUUUGUUCCUACUCGUCGGAGAUUCUGGAGAUUUAGAUCAAGAAUUUCCCGGGUGCCUUGAAGUGCGGAGGGACACAUCUGGCAUUGAAGAUGCCGCAAGUAUUGAAGAAGAAUGUAGCACCAGUGGCUUUAUAUAUUCUUUCCCUGAGGAAACUGUUUUGGAAGGAGGCUCCACUCUGUUGUGGCCGCUUUGGCUCCAUGCAAGCCAAGCAGGAACCAUCAUUCUGAACACGGUGAUCUACUACGAGCCAGACAAGUCAAUAACAGGUCUUCGGUUCCGGACCGUUCGUAUAACGCAUUCUCUUCAAGUCCUUCCCUCCCUACGAGUUGGAGUUCAGAUUUCACCAUCUCCAUUGCACCUAGAGCAGUUUUUACUUCGUCUUGAUAUCGAGAAUGAGCACUCAGCGGAAAGCUUUUGGCUUCGCCAAGUGUCUUGUGCCGGAAAUCAAUGGUCUCUUGAGUCUUUACCUCCUCCUAUCGUGGAGACGAGCGAAGAAAGUGAAGGGGCCGACGGGGCCGACAGUGUUAGAGCUGCAUAUCUUUCCGCUUCUGUUUGCCCGUCACAACUUUUGCCAGCAGGUCAAAAUUUAUCUUUGUUUUUCAAGUUACUGAAAGUUGGAUCCAGAAAAGUACCGACCGCGGAAGGAUUGACAAGUAACAUCAAGCUGGGUCCUCCCAGCAGCACUGAGCCACUUAUUGACAUUGCGAGUGGUCCCCUCCGGAACUUCCUGUUACGGGAGAAGAUGCAUUUUAGAAAACCUGCUCAUCUCUCUGUUCCUCAGCAACAGAUUGGAAGUGCUGCGAAAGCUGAAAGGAAGAACAUGACAGCAUACGGAUCAUCCGGUGAGAGCUUGCAUGAUGGUGGAGGGGUUGAUGUGAUGUUGAUUUCCGAGCAGCAAGAUGGCAUGAGUAUAGAGAAGCGAGAUUCCACAGGGAACGACAGUCUCAAAGUGCUUGUGCAUGACAUAUGCCAAAACAGUGUACAGGGAUCUGCACCAUUGGUCUGGGUUUUAGAAGGACCCCAAUACGUGGAGCAUAAUUUUGAGAAAGAUCCGUUUUGUGAGGUGUCCCUUACACUGACAAUAAGCAACCGUUCAAGUUUCGAUGCAUCAAUCAAGGUGGAAACAUUCGACGUAAAGCCGAUGCCGUUGGCCAGCUCAGUUCCUAAUAUGGAGAAACGUGUCGGCUGGUUUCCUUUAGUUCCAUCGGCUUCUCCUGCCGUCGGAGAAGGUACAACAGCAACGGCGGCAUCGGAGAGUGGAACGAAUACUACGCCUGCGACUAUAGCCACCACGAACUCUGAUAAGGAAAACGUGUGUGGAAUGUCGCCUUGUGGGCCCUAUAUGUGGUGUAAUUUGAGGUCGACGAAGAUUUCUCUGCUCACAGCUGGAGCAUCAGCACAGGUUCCUCUCUGUGUAGCAUUUUUCGCUCCUGGAAUCUAUGAUAUCUCGAGAUAUCAAAUAUCAUGGUCACUACUGGACAAGUCUCUAGAGACGCGGACGUUGCCCAAAUCUAAAUCAUUGGUGUUUGGCCCUCAAAAGCUGAGUAAGAACACGGAAAUUACUUACGCCAGCGGAUUCACUCCACCUUCAGACAAGCAGGGUGGUGUCAGUGGAUCUUCAUCCAGUGGGUCCAAAAGCAGCACUAGUUUCGGAGUAGGGCCUGGUCAUCCACUUCUCUUGUCCGUCCUUCAGGUGGAUUUGUAAUGUAAAACAAGAUCUAUUAGGUGGGUCCAGCUUUCAAACCAGAAGAAUUUGCCCUGCUGAGUUCACUUCUCCUGAGUUAGUGCAGUGAGAUUAUUCUUUUGUUCGAAGUAAAACAAUAAGGCUCUCUUAUAUUAGGUAGUACUCGCCAAUUAUGCAUCUGUCCGAAAGGCCGAUUGUUGAAGCCGUUUGCUAUGAUACCACCAAUUCACGUGACCCAGAUGCACUAGAUAUGAUUUUGUAGUCUCAUCUGGACGCCAAGAUUCUUCUCUUCUCUGCUGACUGACUCCUGAAGUUUGUGAAUACAAUGACCACUUUCCUCCUACAAUGUACAUAGAUAAGCCACAUCAACUGCUUUUGCUCGAGUAGCCUACAUGUUUUCAACCAUCUUCAUACUAUCCUUGUUAAUAAUUUCCCUCAACUGUCGUGCUUAUAAAACUCUGAAUAU